ACCACAUGGUGUAAACAGGGGACAUCCACGGGAUUCUACUGUAAUCUCCAUUUUGUGUGUUUUUUAUGUCAGGUUAGCGCCUAUUUUCGGUUGGCUUGGGACGAUCAUCUUUACUGCAAUGCGAAUGCGUGUUGGCUGGGAAAGUUUUGCAUUUUUACCCCAGUUGGAGAGAAUGCGAAGUAGACCUAACGGAGACAUUACUUCCAGCUUAGGUUUCUGAAGCAAGCCAAGACUUGCCAACUAGGAGGAAAGUGUUUUGCGUUGAUAACGCAAGCUGGGCAGCAAACUAGCACAAAUCUUAAUAGAAAACAAUGUCAGAUGAAGCAUCAGAUCAAAACAUAACCUUGACGACCACAUGCACCAAGAGAUGGAUCAAGGAGGAGUGAAAAACAGCACCAAGAGAGAUGAACACUUGAUCAAGUUGGACUUUAACGAGAGCCCUGCCGACGGAGCCCUGCGGAACGGUGGGCUAGGCGCCAUGUCACUGGCCCCCACCUCUCUUGUGCCCCCGUCCAGCCCACUCAUGCAGCCUGUGUCCGGAGACGUGCCCAACGGCCUCUGCAACUCCCCACUGCCCGAGGAGUACACCACAGCUGUGACCACUUCCCUGGGCUUCUACGGGGAAGAGGCCGACCACAAAGUGGCAGGCAAGGAUCAGCGGGCCCAGCAGGGCCUCCAGCACCAGCCCCUGGGCCUGUACACUACAGGCGAGACCUUCUCACACCUGGAGGCCAGCAUUGCGGACCUGAACCGCUCCUCGGCAUCCAUGGACUCUCUGAUUGGCGGCGCAGACCCCAGCCUCUUUCACCUGAAGACGGAGGACUUCUCCCCCAUGGACAAAGGGGACAUGGACAUGGACCAGGACUCGUUUGGUCCUAUGGGCAAAGACAUAGACAUAGGCAACCACAAGCUGUUCAACGACAACACGCUGGACCUGCUGCAGGACUUCGAGCUAACAGGCUCGCCCUCGGACUUCUACGUGGCCGAUGACGCUUUCCUGUCUUCCCUGGCCGAGGACUCGCUGCUGUCGGACGUGAGCACCGACAGGGAGACCAAACUGGCGAGCAGCCUGGGGCCCGGCUCGGGAAGUGGAGGCGGCGGCGGAAACACGCCCGCCUCCAGCACAAGCGGCAGCUUGGUUGUAAACGGGGCGCGUCCGGAGCCGCUGUUCACCAGCCCACCCAGCAGCUCUCCGGCCGGAGCCUCUUGCAGCAGCAGCAGCAGCGGCAUCGGGAGUGCCUCGUCCACCCCGGCCAUCAGCCCCGCGCUGGUGAAGGUGGAGAAGGACUCGGUGCUGACGCUGUCCACACCGGGCGUCAUCAAGCAGGAGAAGGCCAGCGGUGUGGCCGGGCGAAGCUACUGUCAGAUGGGUGGGACUGUGGGUCUAGCCACCUCUGCCUCCAUCUCCAUAUGUGGCGUGAGCACCUCCAGCGGCCAGAGCUUCCACUUCGGGGGAACCGCCGCCACAGCCACGGCCACGCCCUCCAGCCCCCAGCAGAAGGAGCAGAAGGUGUUCAGCCUGUACCCUGCCCUGGGGCCUGCGGGAGGAGAGGGCUGGAACAGGGCGAGGCCGGGGUUCGGAGAAGCGGGGCAGCAGCAGAGGGCCGGCGACGGUCUCGGCGGAUCACAGGGGUUCCCCUCCAACAAUUACGCCAGGUCAGACUCCACCGGCAGUGUGUCGGGGCAGAAGCCGGGCGGCGCGGCCCAUAAGAUCUGCCUGGUGUGCUCGGACGAGGCCUCGGGAUGCCAUUACGGGGUGCUCACCUGCGGCAGCUGCAAGGUCUUCUUUAAACGGGCUGUGGAAGGUGAGCGCUCAGCAGCGUCCGCUACCAAAGGGCAGCACAACUACCUGUGCGCCGGACGGAACGACUGCAUCAUAGACAAGAUCCGCCGCAAGAACUGCCCAGCUUGCCGCUUUCGCAAGUGUCUGCAGGCAGGCAUGAACCUGGAAGCUCGUAAAACGAAGAAGCUAAAUCGUUUAAAGGGCGUCCAGCAGCAGCAGCCGGCGGCGGCGGUGGCGGUGAGCGAGCUGUCUCCCCCGGUGAUGCCCGAGGCGCGGCCGCUGGUGCCCAAAGCCAUGCCCCAGCUGGUGCCGUCCAUGCUGUCGCUGCUCAAGGCCAUCGAGCCGGAGACCAUCUACGCCGGCUACGACAGCACGCUGCCCGACACCUCCACGCGCCUCAUGACCACGCUGAACCGGCUCGGGGGCCGCCAGGUCGUCUCCGCUGUCAAGUGGGCUAAAUCCCUGCCAGGGUUCCGGAACCUUCACCUGGAUGACCAGAUGACCCUGCUCCAGUGCUCGUGGCUCUUCCUCAUGUCAUUCGGGCUGGGGUGGCGCUCCUACCAGCAAUGCGAUGGCAACAUGCUGUGCUUUGCCCCUGACCUGGUCAUCAAUGAGGAACGCAUGAAGCUGCCCUACAUGGCCGACCAGUGUGAGCAGAUGCUGAAGAUUUCCAACGAGUUUGUGCGUCUGCAGGUGUCCAACGAUGAGUACCUGUGCAUGAAGGUCCUCUUGCUGCUCAGCACUGUGCCGAAGGAUGGCCUGAAAAGCCAGUCGGUGUUCGACGAGAUCCGGAUGUCCUACAUCAAGGAGCUCGGGAAAGCCAUAGUGAAGCGGGAGGAGAAUUCCAGCCAGAACUGGCAGAGGUUCUACCAGCUCACCAAGCUACUGGACUCCAUGCACGACAUGGUGGGCGGCCUGCUGAACUUCUGCUUCUACACCUUUGUCAACAAGUCUCUGAGCGUGGAAUUCCCCGAGAUGUUGGCAGAGAUCAUCAGCAACCAGUUACCAAAAUUCAAAGCCGGAAGCGUCAAGCCGCUGCUCUUUCACCAGAAGUGACUGCCCAACCCCGCACACACACAGACACACACACGCACACACACACACACACCGCUGCGGCAGGAACGCAAUGCCUUAAAGAGACACUCACCACCCCCUCUCGUCACCCCAACAUACCCACAGCGCAACGCAGGAGUGGUGCCCCCCCCACCCCAGUAAAAGGGAGAUGACUUGGGCACAGUUAGAGAGGAGGGAGGGGGGGGGGGGGGGCACACAGAGUGUAUGCAAGUACCGAACAUGAGAACCCCAUCUGGUGAAAGACAAGACAUAACAUGUGGAGAACAUAACAGUCCUACUUGGAUUGACGUAAAGACGUUUUAGUAACCAAUCAUGUUUUUUUGUUUGUUUGUUUCUUUCUUUUUAUAGAAAUGGCAAACCUCUGGGGCUGCAAUGGCAUACUUUGUGACUCUUGGAUCGAAACAAACUAACCGCAACUGCUGUCUCAGGUGUAUGACUUUCAACGUUGAGAUUACAUAGUAGAAAUGAAAAGGCUAAUCAGUACGUAGUGGUAACAUUUUUAAAUUGAUGUACUUUUACAGGUUGUCAUUGGCAUAAGACAACAUCCCCUUCACCUUAUCCCUGCCCUUCUAACCCACCUACUCCAAAUAGCACUUAUAUUCACCUACCUUUAUCCAGAAACUUCUCUAUAAUGAAACUUUGAUAUCAGAGUUCACAAAUCAGAACAAGGUCUUUUGGUUUGUAACAGUCAUGUCAGUUAUAAGUACAGCACAAGAAAUACAGCACUGUUUUUCAACAAACAGAUAAACGGAGCGACAGUCUUAUAUAGUCGAUAUAUAUAUAUACGGUGGAUCUAAUCUCAUUUUCGUUGAAUCAAGAACAGGCAAGCAAGUUCUGAACAUGUUCGAAAGAAAGGGAUAUUAUGUGCCUUUUUGUAGCUUUGGUCUCAUUUUUAGCUGUUUCCUCUACCUGGUUUUUUUUUGUCUUUUUAUUUGAAACGUUGCUCUCAAACGUGAUUGGUCGUGCAUUGACGAUGGUAGAAGGCGUAUCGUGUUUGAUUGUAGUAUUGUCAUUUUACUUGCACUGUCAGUUCCUUUCCUCCUCUCUCUCUCUCUCUCUCUCUCAAACUGGCCGUUUGAAUUUUGGCAGCUCAGUUGAUACCCAGGAAACAUCCAGAACACAAGUGAUCCUUACUGACACACAGUGACCAUGCAGAUGAAGAGGCUCAUACUCCUCUUGUGGUAGUUUCAUUGGACACCUUUCUCAAAGAUGCAAUUUGUUUAGCACUUUUAUCAUAGGCUUUAAUGAAUUGAUAAAGUGGCUGAAUUUUAAUGUGUAUAGUGCUAAUUAUAUAGCAAACAAGGAAGCCAUGUGUUUAAUCACCAGUGGCACCGUUGAAAUUGUACAUUGAUUAUGCAAUGCAAAAAAAAACACAAAAAAAAACUCAGUCGACAACUAAAUUUCUUCCCUUUAUUGUUGUGUUUGUUAGUUUCUUUUUCUGUCCAUGUUUUUUUUUCUCCCAUGGACCAUAGGAAACCCAAUUUGCCUUUGCCAACUUAGUCAAGGAAUCUGCAUUCCCGGUUUUAUCACCUCCAACCAUACGCAGUAAAAGCAGGGAGUCAUACCAAUGCCUCGGACGUAGACAGUAAACCUCAUCUCUGAUUUAUUUUUUUCCUGAAUAUAUAGAUAUAUACAUACGCAAAGAACUAUGAUGGUUAUAACUUUAUCUUUUCCUUCUGGAUCCGAACAGGGAAUGGUAAAAAAAAGACACACCAGUGCAAUCACCUUUAUAUGUUAUUCAAUGCAGCAAACCACCUCACUCUCUCUCUCUCUCUCUCUCGCUCUCUCUCGCUCUCUCGCUCUCUUUAUAUAUGAUAUAUAUAUAUAUAUCUUCUAGCACUCCUCUGCUCCUCAUCCCUCACUCAGGUCCACAUCCUUACCUGUUGGCGUGCACUCACACUCCCAGACAGCUGCAGACUUCCGAUUGGAUCCGGCCCCCUUCCGGGCCAGGUCCAUCCCAGGCACCUGUCGCUCUCGUGCGCAGCGCCUCCUCUGCAGCUCCAGUGUGUUGUCUCCGGCACGCCGGUGUGAGUGCACUCACUAGCUUUUCCAAACGGUGAUUUUCCUUGUUCUAGCAGUGAACAGAACAAACAAAAAAAGAAAACAAAACAAAAAAAAGACUUGCUUGUAUAAUAACCUUCCUCAUAGCCCUCUCAGUUAAACUGUGGCUCACCUGAGGGGUCGGGGGCUCUUCGCCUCUCCUCUCAUUCGGUUCUCGGGGAAUUUCUACCAUAACAGACAAAAGAACAUGCCUGUAUUUCAUGUCAUUCUCCUCUCUCUCUCUAUGUGCCAAACUUAUUUCAUUCAUUUCUGUGUGGAGUAUUUUUUUUUCUUCAGUCAGUUGAAAUGAUUACAACCUGGAACUGUACUUGUCUUAACAUUUGUUGAAAGUGUACACACAAAGACAAAAGGAAAGGGAAAAGAAAUGUUAAGUUGACAAAACUUUUUUUAUAAUUAUUUUCCUCCGAUGCACACUGUCUCGGUAUACUAAUACACAACUAGUACAAGAUUCAAGUCCAUACCUCCAUCCACAAUUCCAAAUUGCAGUGAUCGUUCAUUGUUUCCCCACCAGCUCCAACACGCAUGUUUGUAGUUCAGAGAAGCAGUUUUAUUGUCAAACCCACACCAGCGCACAAUGCAACCACACCUCUGAACAGGGCGUCUAUCGUAGUAGUAGUAGUAGUGGUAGUAGUAGUAGUAGUAGUAGUAGUAGUUGAUGUCUGUUGCAUCACUCUGUCUCCUCUCUGGUUUCUCUCUUGAGGGUUUUUUUGUUUUGUUUUGUUUUUUUGUUUAAUUUGUUUAAAAGAUCUUAUAGUUUUCACAAAUUCUGUGGGGAAAAAAAACUAAAUAGGAACAAAACUUGUGUGAUUUUUAUUUUCCUUUUGUUUUUCUAAGACAUGUUUGUAUUGAAGUUGAGGUGCAUGUGUCUUGCUCAUUUUUAAUGUGUGGGGAAAGUACAGUAUAUUGCUUCAGGGCAUAUCUAAGUAUGAAAUGACAUUUUAAAGUAACCAUUUUGUACAGAUGUUUUCAAACUUGUGGCAGAAUUCACCUGUUUGUAUAAUUUCAUGCGUUUUGGUUAUUUGUGUAGAUCUCAGUCCAUUUUCCUCUUUCAACUGACACUAUGCCAUUCAUGUCACAUAAAGCUAUCCAUUAAUAGUCAGUAAAAUGUUAAAGAUGCCAACAUUUCAUGCUUGUGUGUUUUGUUGAAUUAAUCAAAGAACCAUCUUUACAAGCCAUUUCUAAUUCAGUUGCUUUGGUAACACUUGGGUUGCAGGUAUAUCGGUUGGUUAGGUGGUUAUCUGGAAGCACGGGUUUGUCAAGUGGUUGACAAACAGGGUCUUCACUGUAAAUGGCAGCCUUUUAGUCCCCUCUUAGUUUGUGUUGAUAUGUCCAGACAUGAUGGCCGAUGACCCGAGUGUGUUCCAAACUACUUCUAAUCAUGUUUUGUUUUCUCUUCUCGUCAAGUUACUUUCACAUACAGUGCAGUGGUGAGUGUCGGCCUAAUCUGUUAUGCAUUCAUGUUUCUCUGUAUUUCACCGUAAAUGAGUGAAUGUUAUUCCAAUUCAGGGAGGUCGCAUUUUGAAAGACUCAUAACUGUUCCCUAAAAAAAAAAAAAUUGUAUUUAGUAUCGGUAUAUUUUUAUAAUUUAUCAUAGCCUUUUUUUUAAAAGCAUUCUUUUGUUAUUUCAUGUAGUUAUGUACAAUCUUUAGCGUGCGCCUCUCAAACUGUAACGGUGAUGAUGAAUGUAAUCCCUACCUUGCAUCACCUGUUUCAUAUAAUAUCUUACACUUGUGAUGCAUGUUAGACCAUGUUGAAUAAGUGUAAUGACAUGAACCAGGGAUGCAGGAGAAACCGGUUUUUGCCAUGCUUGAUGUAUAUAUUGCACUAGCUCACCGUAUAGGGGCUGGAGGAGGAAGGGAUACUUAAACCCCCUUUUGUGAAUUCCUGGCUACGAUCAUGUGUGUCGUACUGUGCAUAGGAAGCAAACACGCACAUUAGAAGGGAAACUGUAUAUGAAAGUAACUUGCCAAAUUGAAACCUCUGGAAUUUUGCACUACCCUGUCACUGUUUAAAAUCUAUUUUCUAAAAAACAAAACAAAAAAAAAAACGAAUUAAUAAAGGACAGAAAAAAAAUCAGAUAUUAACUUAAGAGAUAUAUUAUGGGCAAAUGUGUUUCACUCGUAUAUGGCUUUCCUUUAUGUUUUUGUUUGUAUUUGCGUAUAUCUCAGCUAUGUACAUAUUACCCUGUGUUAAGAAUAUGCAUCAGAUUUGUCCAAAAUGAAUAGUUUUUUAUGUCAUCUGUACUAUUCCACCUCUGUAGCCCAUGUUGAUGAUCUCACCCACUCACUUCCCUGUUGAACUGUCUGUCUUGGUUGUGAGGUACUUUUGAUAAACAUUACUUUUAUGCUGAUUCAUAUGAUGUUAACACCGUUGUACACACACACACACACACACACACACAAAAAAACCCUAAUAAGCUACUUAACAACCAUGCGAUUAUGAUAAGCAAUCAUUCAUAAAAAUAAAUGUGCUUUUCGAAUCUAA